AUGAUCGGUUUGACACAGCGCAGCGCGCAACCACGGAUCUCAGCUCAGCAAGUCGCCGCUGCCUCUCGGCACAUGUCGACCACGCCACGUGUGGCGGUGCUCUACCAGGAACCCGAGCCACCAUUGAUCAACGGAGUGCGCAAGCCCAAGAAGCCUGGAGGAUACAGAGAUUCUGAAGCGGACAUUGUAUACGUGCUAAAACACCAGUGCGCGAUAGAUGUCAUCAUCCCAGUUUCCGCUCCCGAUCCUGAAAGAGAUGCAGACUGGUGUUUUGGAGAUUCAGAACGUGGGAUGGCGGACGCGAUUGAGAAGGGAGCAACACAUUUCUGGGCGAACACCAUACUAUUCGCGAAUCAUCCACUGCAAACGUCGCCCAGUCUGACAAGUGUGGCUAAGACAUUGAGGGUUGUUGGUCAGCCACCCAAACUGGUCGAAUUCUACGAUGACAAGUCUUUCGUCAACAAUCUUCUCCGUGCUCGCGGCGGCUUUACGCUACCGAGCGCACACGAUGUUCACGACGAGCAAGCUCUUGUGGAUAUUCUUCAUGUUGAUCUAAAAUAUCCUGUGGUCGCAAAGCCUGUCCGGGGUUGA